CAGCGAGGCUGAGCUGUGUGGGAGCAGGGACGCGAGGGAAGGAUGCCUGUGGUGUGGCCAACCCUGCUGGACCUCAGCAGGGAUGAGUGCAAGAGGAUCCUGCGCAAACUGGAGCUGGAGGCCUAUGCAGGUGUCAUCAGUGCCUUACGUGCGCAGGGAGACCUCACGAAGGAGAAGAAGGAUCUUCUGGGAGAACUCUCCAAAGUGCUUAGCAUUUCCACGGAGCGACACCGCGCCGAGGUUCGGCGGGCGGUGAAUGAUGAGCGGCUGACCACCAUCGCACACAACAUGUCUGGCCCCAACAGCUCCUCGGAGUGGUCCAUCGAGGGCCGUCGCCUGGUGCCGCUGAUGCCGCGGCUGGUGCCGCAGACGGCCUUCACCGUCACCGCCAACGCCGUGGCCAACGCCGCCGUGCAGCACAACUCCUCCCUCCCCCUGCCUGCAGACACCGGCAGCAAGGAAGUGGUGGUUUGCUAUUCCUACACAAGUACCACUUCAACCCCAACAUCCACCCCAGUUCCAAGUGGCAGUGUAGCAACAGUGAAGUCCCCCAGGCCCGCCAGCCCAGCCUCCAGUGUAGUCGUCUUGCCAAGUGGAAGUGCUGUGUACGUCAAAAGUGUCAGCUGCUCGGACGACGAUGAAAAGCCCCGCAAAAGGCGGCGAACGAAUUCCUCCAGCUCUUCCCCCGUGCUCCUGAAAGAAGUCCCGAAGGCAGUGACUCCUGUCACUAAAACUAUCACAGUGCCUGUAAGUGGCAGCCCCAAAAUGAGUAACAUAAUGCAGAGCAUUGCCAACUCCCUGCCACCACACAUGUCGCCUGUGAAAAUAACCUUCACGAAGCCCUCGACGCAGACGACAAACACCACAACACAGAAGGUGAUAAUAGUAACCACCUCUCCAAGCUCAACUUUUGUACCCAACAUCCUGUCCAAGUCCCACAACUAUGCAGCAGUCACCAAGCUGGUCCCCACGUCGGUGAUCGCCUCGACGACGCAGAAGCCGCCGGUGGUGAUCACGGCGGCCCAGCCCUCGGUGGGCAGCAACAGCAGCAGCUGCCCCGCUGCCCCCUGCACUGCCAGCACCAUUGCUGUCACUGCUGUCGUGUCCUCCACGCCCUCCGUGGUCAUGUCCACCGUGGCACAAGGUGUGUCCACAUCAGCCAUCAAGGUGGCCUCCACCAGGCUGCCCUCCCCGAAGGCUCUGGUGGGCAGCCCCUCGCAGCUCCUGGCGCAGUUCCCCAAGCAGCACCAGCAGCCUCCCAAGCAGCAGACUGCCACCCAGGUUCCGCCGGCCCAGCAGCAGCAGCAGCAGCUGGUGCCCUCCUCGGGGGCCCAGCAGCAGCCCCAGCAGGCCCAGCUGCCCCCUGGCAUCAAGCCCACCAUUCAGAUCAAGCAGGAAUCAGGUGUUAAAAUAAUCACUCAACAGGUGCAGCCCAGUAAAAUCCUUCCCAAACCAGUUACAGCGACCUUGCCCAGCAGUAGCAAUUCACCCAUUAUGGUGGUUAGCAGUAAUGGGACUAUCAUGACAACUAAACUGGGCACUACUCCCACUGGCACUCCAGCGACGUACACCCGGCCCACGGUGAGCCCGUCCCUGGGGGCUCGCAUGGCUGGCGCGCCAGGGGCUGCCACCUACGUCAAAACCACCAGUGGCAGCAUCAUCACCGUGGUCCCAAAGUCUCUGGCCACUCUGGGAGGGAAGAUUAUCAGCAGUAAUAUUGUCUCUGGAACUACAACCAAAAUCACCACAAUUCCGAUGACAUCCAAACCCAAUGUGAUUGUUGUGCAAAAGACUACUGGGAAAGGAACUACAAUCCAAGGGCUUCCAGGCAAGAACGUUGUCACGACGCUGCUGAACGCGGGGGGGGAGAAAACUAUUCAGGCAGUGCCAGCAGGAGCAAAACCUGCUAUCAUCACUGCCACAAGACCCAUCACAAAAAUGAUUGUUACACAGCCCAAAGGAAUAGGGUCCACGGUCCAGCCAGCCACCAAAAUCAUCCCAACUAAAAUUGUUUAUGGGCAGCAAGGGAAAACGCAGGUCCUGAUCAAACCAAAGCCAGUGACGUUCCAGGCCACGGUGGUGAGUGAGCAGACCAGGCAGCUGGUGACUGAGACGUUGCAGCAGGCAUCCAGGGUGGCAGAGACAGGAACCCCAGCUCUGCCAGAGGUGAAGGAGGAACCACAGACCUACACCGACAGCAGCUCCUCGUCCACAGAGUCCUCCCAGAGCUCUCAAGAUUCCCAGCCUGUGGUCCAUGUGAUUGCUUCAAGAAGUCAAGACUGGUCAGAACAUGAAAUUGCUGUGGACACAAGCCCUACAAUAAUUUACCAGGAUGUAUCCAGUGAAUCUCAGUCAGCUACUUCCACAAUAAAAGCUUUGCUGGAACUUCAGCAGACAACAGUGAAGGAGAAGUUGGAAUCGAAGCCAAGGCAGCCCACCAUUGACCUGAGCCAGAUGGCUGUUCCAAUCCAGAUGACUCAAGAAAAGAGGCAUUCCCCAGAAAGUCCUUCAAUUGCUGUUGUAGAGUCAGAAUUAGUGGCUGAAUAUAUCACAACUGUGAGCCAUCGGCAGCCCCCGCCGCCGGCACAGCCCCCGCGGACCCUCCUGCAGCACGUGGCGCAGUCGCAGACCGCAACGCAGACCUCCGUGGUGGUGAAAUCCAUCCCCGCCUCCUCCACGGGUGCCAUCACCCACAUCAUGCAGCAGGCCUUAAGCAGUCACACUGCAUUUACGAAACACGGUGAACAACUUGGGACCGAGGAGGGAGAAGUGGAAGAGAUGGACACCUUAGAUCCUCAGACUGGCCUCUUUUACAGAUCUGCCCUGACACAGUCCCAGGCACAAAAGCAGCAAAAACUGAGUCAGCCACAGCUGGAACAGACUCAACUGCAAGUGAAAACUCUGCAGUGCUUCCAGACCAAGCAGAAGCAGACAAUCCACCUGCAGGCCGACCAGAUCCAGCACAAACUCCCGCAAAUGCCCCAGCUUUCCAUAAGGCAUCAAAAGCUAACCCCCCUGCAGCAGGAGCAAGCACAGAGCAAAGCAGAUGCACAGCACCCCCCCCACCACAUGAUGGCCAAAGAGAGGCAACUCCCCACCUUAGUGGCACAGCCACAGCAAACUGUAGUGCAGGUGCUGGCAGUAAAAACCACGCAGCAGCUGCCCAAACUGCAGCAGGCACCAACGGCACAAAAAAUCUACGUGCAACCCCAGCCCCCCCCGAGCCCAGUGCAGCUCCCUGCCUCUUCAGACAAGCAGCCAGCGAGCCAGGUGCAACAUCCAACUCUAAUGCAAGGAUCCACUGUCACAGAGCUAACUCUGGGGGGUCAGCCUCCUGUCGUUGCAGAGGUAGCAGGUGGCAGUGGUGUGCCCCAGCUGGCACUGCCGGUUACCAGCCUGUUUCCCAUGCAGGCACCCCCGGAGGCAGCAGUAGCAGAUAUUUUGAGAGUGUCUGUGGUGGAAGCUCACACUGAUGCAAACAUAGAGCACACGGUAGUGGAUCCCCCAGACCAGGCCACGUCCACUAGUAAAGUCUCUAGUGAAGCAGAGUCGUCACCUUGUCCCCAGGUGCCUCGGGUGGCUGCUCUAGGGACGACGGCAACAACCUCCACCCCCCAGCAACAGCCCCGGACAGAGCCCAGCCCAGCCCCUCCUGCUGCUGCUCCCGCCGAGGCACAGGGAGUGCCCCCAACAAACCAGUUUGUGCACAUUCAGAACCUCUCGCAGAAGAAAGCUGAAGAGAGCUCCUCAGAGAUCGUCGUCCAGACUAUCCCUCACUAUUCCAUCCCUUGUCACUCCAGCUCCAACGUGGUGGUGGAACCCAGCGGGCUCCUGGAGCUCAACAACUUCACCAGUCAGCGCCUGGAUGACGAGGAGACGGCGAUGGAGCAGGAUGGGGACAGUGGCCCCGAGGAUGGCCCCGAGCCCAGCCCCUCCCGGAGCUCUGCUGAGCAAUCCUGAGCAACUGGGACGCUGGAGUGCACUUUAGAAUGUCUUGGGAUUCUGAGGAUCCAAGAUGCCCUCGUGUUGUGAUGUCCUGGAGCACUUUGCCCGUUAGAGUUGUUCGUUGGACCCUCGAGCAUCGGUGUGUUUUAACAAGACAGCGUCGCAGAAGCCGCGUCUUCAAAACUGUUUCCAAAAGAAAAAGUAAGAGAAGAAAAGAUGUAGUUCCCAAGAUUCAGUAAAGCUGUGACAGUGGAAUGUACUCCUGCUCAAACACCACACUGCAGCAAACUCUGCAGCUCGUGCUCUGGAAGCCCUUCCCCAGAUACUGAAACAGCUCCCAGUGAAAAGGGGUCGUCACUUUGCCGGGUCCUUUCCUUGAGAAAAACACCAUCAAAAAAAAAAAAAAAAAGAGAACAUUUAAUAAAUACUUGUAUUUUCAAACAGCAUGUGAGAGAAGACUAGUGUCUCUGACAGUGCUGGAAUUUUGGAAUUGGUCAGCUUUCUUGCUCACUUAGAGAUAAGAUUUGGUUUGGUUUUUUUUUUCAUAAGACUAAAAAUAUAUUUUUUUUAAAUUCUUGUUGGUGAAUGUUUGGAAAUAAGCAAAAUCACUAACUGAUAGAAAAGUGGAUUUGCUGGUGGAUUUUGUUUUCAUGCUUUACAAGAAGUAGGGCGAUGGUAUAAGAGGCAUUUCUUUUGCCAUAAGUGCACAAAAUGCUCAUCUACUCCAGUUAAUCUUUGAUUAUUUAUUAAAGUGAGGCCAAGUUGUUGAAAAAGUUCCUGUGAAACAGGCAGUUGUGUUAAUUCUGAUACAAACUGAGUGGGGGGGUGUCUUUUGCUAUAAAUCAGUUUUUCAAAACUGGGGAUAAGUGGUUCAACGUCUUUCCAAGUUGAACUUGUGAAUUUAGAAGUGAUGUAAGGCUUUUAAAAAUCUGUAUUUUACUCUUACACGCUGUUCUUAAAGUUUAACUGUUUGGGGAGUUUAAAAGCUUAAAUGGGCAUACAGGGGCAGGUUUCCAAAAUGAGCCUUAUGCCUUGGCUUGUUGAAGCAAUACAUUGGGGUUUGUGAUAGUUCCAGGUCACAGAGACAGGUUUGGGUUCAGAGGGGAGGAGAGAACCAGUUUUAAUACAUUCUGGUAAUCAAGACUUUUUUUUUUUCCAAAUG